UUCAUUCAUUCGUUGCUGGGUCCCUUUUUUGAUUAUUUAUAUUUAUAUAAGAGAAGAACUAACCCAAACCGAAUCGGAGAAACCAUUGCUAAACCCUAAGCCAAAAGCUGCGAGACGAGAUCGUCGGAGCCGCGCCGUCGUCUUCCUCCUCCUCCAGACAACAUAUAUGGCUUCACCAUUCGGGGGCACUUCCACAUGUGGCCUCAAGGCCGCCGCUCCUGCUGGCUUCGCGACCAAGAAGCAACUUUCCCUUGUUUUGCCCCCGUGCGUUUCGCUUCCCCAGAAAUUCAGGCCCAGGAGGAAGUGCAGUUUCAGAGUAAAUGCCGCAAAGGAGCUCUACUUCAACAAGGAUGGAUCAGCCAUCAAGAAGCUGCAAAAUGGAGUCAAUAAGCUUGCUGAUCUGGUAGGAGUCACUCUUGGCCCAAAAGGACGCAAUGUUGUCCUUGAGAGCAAGUAUGGGUCGCCCAAAAUUGUCAAUGACGGUGUCACGGUGGCAAAAGAGGUUGAGCUGGAGGACCCUGUUGAAAAUAUUGGAGCUAAGUUGGUUCGGCAAGCUGCUGCUAAGACAAAUGAUUUGGCUGGUGACGGCACAACCACUUCUGUUAUCCUUGCUCAAGGAAUGAUAACUGAGGGUGUUAAGAUUGUAGCUGCUGGUGCUAAUCCGGUGCAGAUUGCCCGUGGUAUCGAGAAAACAGCCAAAGCACUAGUCAGCGAACUUCGGAAGAUGUCCAAGGAGGUUGAAGAUAGCGAACUUGCUGAUGUUGCUGCAGUAAGUGCUGGAAAUAACUAUGAAGUUGGCAACAUGAUAGCUGAGGCUAUGAGCAAGGUUGGGCGGCAGGGUGUGGUCACACUCGAAGAAGGAAAGAGUGCUGAAAACAACCUCUAUGUUGUUGAAGGGAUGCAGUUCGAUCGAGGCUAUAUUUCUCCCUACUUCGUAACUGACAGUGAGAAAAUGACAGUGGAGUAUGAGAACUGCAAGCUGCUUCUUGUGGACAAGAAAAUUAACAAUGCCAGAGAUCUUAUCACUAUUCUGGAAGACGCAAUCAAGAGCGGAUAUCCAAUUCUCAUAAUCGCAGAGGAUAUUGAGCAGGAAGCUCUUGCUACCCUUGUGGUCAAUCGGCUUAGAGGUGCAUUGAAGAUUGCUGCCAUAAAAGCCCCUGGUUUUGGAGAGCGCAAGAGUCAAUACCUGGAUGAUAUUGCUACUCUGACAGGAGGCACUGUCAUCAGAGAAGAAAUUGGACUGUCCCUGGAUAAAGCAGACAGCGAAGUCCUAGGUACUGCUGCCAAGGUUCUAGUGACUAAGGACACAACGACAAUAGUUGGAGAUGGUAGUACGCAAGAGGAAGUAAGCAAAAGGGUGACACAAAUCAAGAACCAGAUUGAGGCUGCUGAACAGGAAUAUGAGAAGGAAAAGCUAAACGAGAGGAUAGCCAAACUAUCUGGUGGAGUUGCUGUCAUUCAGGUGGGAGCACAGACUGAAACUGAGCUUAAGGAGAAGAAACUGAGGGUUGAAGACGCACUGAAUGCAACAAAGGCGGCUGUUGAGGAAGGUAUUGUUGUCGGUGGUGGCUGCACCCUUUUAAGGCUUGCAGCAAAAGUCGAUGCCAUUAAAGAAACCCUUGAGAAUGAUGAACAGAAGAUUGGUGCUGAAAUCGUAAGGAAGUCCUUGAGUUACCCCCUUAAAUUGAUUGCGAAAAAUGCUGGUGUUAACGGCAGCGUUGUUACUGAAAAGGUCCUUGCCAAUGACAACUUCAGGUAUGGAUACAAUGCCGCUACAGGAAAGUACGAGGAUUUGAUGGCUGCUGGUAUUAUUGACCCCACCAAGGUGGUGAGGUGUUGCCUGGAGCACGCCGCAUCGGUGGCGAAAACUUUCAUCACCUCGGACGCCGUCGUCGUCGACAUCAAGGAGGCAGAGCAGGCGCCUGCUGCAAACCCGAUGGCAGGUUCAGGUUAUGGGUUCUAAUUUGAGAGAAGAGCUCUGUUUGAUUCCGUGUUCCUUGGGGCAGCACAGCAGCAUGGUAUACAUCGAUGGUGGCAGAAACGAACUAGCAGCGUUAUGUUUCGAGAAGGAAGAAAUUUUAGUGUUUUCAUGAUCUGGAAUAACAUGAUAGUAUUUGGUUUUACACUGGUCUUGAAAAGUGAACAGUGAGCUAUAUAUAGACGAUAUUCUCAAGCUGUUGGCUAGUCAGUCUUGUGGUAAUUAAUGCUGUGGUUUCA